GCGCGGGUUGGGGGCGGCUGCGCGCUGCUGCCACCGGCGCGGGGCUUCUAGCGGCGGUUCAACCGGACCCCGGCGGCGGCAGCUGUUGUUCGACCGGACCCCGGCGGCGGCGGCUCCUCCGUGACCACGGCGGCGCCCAGGGCGGUGUGGCGGACGCCUGAGCGCUGCAGCAGCUCGUCCGGGGCGCCGGCAGCCCGGGCUGCGGAGCUCUGCGUGCCCCGGCCGCCGUGGCGGGGAGGCCCGGAGGUCUCUCGGGAUGAGCGCGGCGGCCUCAGAAUCUGCGGUUGCACCAGGAGCUGUAUGGACAGCUGAUGAAAUUGCUGAGCUGUGUUACCUGCAUUAUAAGACCAGACUCCCCAAGCAGGGGAAACCAGAUCCAAACAGGGAAUGGACUUCACUAGCAGCUGUUGUCAAAGUGGAGUCCACAACCCAAAGAGAGGGUCUUGCUUGCCCGGGGAAUCUUCAGGUGGUGCUUCCGUGUUGUCAUGCAGAUUGUGUCCCGUGUUUGAGGAAUCCUGCGCCAGUGUCCACUGUGUGCUGCCUGGCCUGGUAAGGAAGGAAGUUGUUGCUAUGGGAACUGGAACAAAAUGUAUUGGCCAAAACAAAAUGAGAAAAAAUGGAGACAUUCUGAAUGACAGUCAUGCUGAAGUUGUGGCUAAAAGGAGCUUCCAGAGGUACCUUCUCCACCAGGUGCAGCUGGCAGCUUCCCAUCAGCAAUGCAAUAUCUUUAUUCCGGGAACUGAGACUGGGAAAUGGAAACUCAAACCGAAUAUCACGUUUGUUUUCUUCUCCAGUCAUACCCCAUGUGGAGAUGCUUCUAUUAUUCCAAUUAGUGAACCAGAAAACCAGCUUUCUGAGCCAAGUGAUGCAGUUGGACAAUCAGCAGAGCAUAGAAGUAACCAUGAUCAUUUGAAUCCAGAAGAUAAAAGGAAAUCUGAGAAAACAGCAAGUCAUCAUGCAAUCAAGAGAAUGAAAACUGAUGAUGGUUAUUUUUCUGUAAUUAAUGAAGACCUGGCUGUUCAGCAGGUAUCUGUGGAACGAGAAGACAACACAGAUCCAAAGAGUUAUGACUGUUCUGCAGAGAUGCAAAAAGCUCAUCAGGACACUGCUGUAGGGAGACUGAGGGUGGUAGAUGUUUAUAGAACUGGAGCAAAAUGUGUACCCGGGGAGCUGGCUGAUGCCCGAGUGCCAGGGCUGGGCUAUCACUGCGUGGGGUUGUUGCGAGUGAAGCCAGGUCGUGGGGACAGAACGUGCUCCAUGUCCUGCAGUGAUAAACUGGCUCGCUGGAAUGUGUUAGGGUGUCAGGGAGCUCUUCUGAUGCAUUUCCUGCAGUAUCCAGUGUAUCUGUCAGCAAUUAUAGUGGGGAAGUGUCCAUAUAGCCAAGAAGCCAUGCGGAGAGCAAUUAUUGAAAGGUGUCAGCACAUCUCAUUUUUACCAGACGGUUUUCUCGCCCAGGAGGUUCAGCUGCUGCAGUCGGCUCUGCGCUUUGAACACAGCCGUCAGGCAAUUCAGGAGGUUCAGACUCACAACAAGACAAAACUCGUUCCUUGCAGUGCAGCUAUCAGUUGGAGCGCGGUCCCUGAGCAGCCUCUGGAUGUCACUUCGGAUGGCGUCCGGCAGGGAACAACAAAGAAGAGGAUCGGGAGCCAGCAGAGCAGAUCCAAGAUCUGUAAAGUGGAACUCUUCCAUACGUUCAAAAAGCUGGUGACAAGUAUUUCACAAGAAGAUCUGCCAGACACUCUCCGGAUGAAGACUCUAGAAACCUACUGGGACUACAAGGAAGCUGCAUUAAAUUAUCAAGAAGCCUGGAAAGUGUUGCGUAGCCAAGCCCUGCCAGGUUGGGUCAAGAAUGCCAAGGAAUACAUGCAGUUCACAUGAGAAUACGCGCGGCUGUGUAAAUCCAGCAGUAAGCCCGGGAGCACAGCAGAUACCUCUGCAGUUCAAGGGCCAGGAAAAUAAGCCCUCCAGUUCCAGUGCUGUAAGGAGGCAGGAGUGAAAAGGAAAGCAAUUUAGAGAAGUUUUUAUUUUGGUUAAGUUGAAGCUCUGUUUUUAUUGAGAUGUAGAAAAGGAUCAUUGGAGACUUAAAGUUUUGAGCAGCAUGAAACAGUGUGCCGCCGAAAGAAAGGAAGCAGGGAUGUGCUGUCCCCUGUUACCUGAACCUUUGAUCUAUCAGCCAUAGCAAUGGAAGUGACGUCAACUGAAAUUGAAGCCGUGCUAUGGAAGAAAAGCUGUCAUUGUAAAAUUUAAGUGCUGCUUUUUUCUUCCACUCUUCAUAAUGUUAUGGUUGGUUUUGCGUUGCUGGGACAACCCUGAUGUAUAGUAAGUAAUAUUUUUAUAACUCUUGGCUCUCCUUGUCCUGUAUCUGAAAGAAUUUUCCUUCUUAUGAGCUUCUAUUUACUAAAUAUAGCCACAGUAGAAGCAAAAGAGUGCUGGACAGAAGGCUGUGUCAAAUAAUAUCACUUAUGAUAUCCUGUGCAUCUCUCUUGAUUUCAGGACUUUGUUUCUGUGGGUAGGAAAGAAGCCUCCUGAACUACCUGGUUCAAACCUGUCAGUCCUGUGUAAUUCCAGGCAAACAUUUACCUGCUUUGCAGUGUUUCAAGCAUUGUCCAUCCCUCUGUCUCCCCAUGAUGCACAGUUAAUUAAAAGCAGAGAUGCCUUAACCUUUUAUGUCACUGUUUCCUGGCAAAGGUGGAGAUGCUUUGGGGGGACUGGCAGUCGCCACUGGCAGUCUUUGCCUUUGUGCUUUAUUACCAAAUAACAGCUGCAUGGCAAAACAUUCAACAUUGUAAGCUGGGGGGAAGCAGCAGGUAAUUCUCCUUCAACUUUCUGUCCCAAUUAUUGCUUUCUGUGAGCAAGUUCAGGACUGUGUAACUGCUAUUGAGCACACUCCCCUUUUGUACUUUUUCUGUUGUAAACUACAAUUCAUAAAAUAUUUGGACAAGGCAAUGGCAGGACGAAAGAAGUGGACAAUACAGAACUUAAGAAUUCUUUAGUGAUCUGAGAUUUCUGUUCUUUGGUGUCUUACUAGAGUUUUGUAUUUGAAAAAUGGGCACAGCAGUUCUCCAAACAGCCUUUGCAGUCAACCUACUGAGCUCCACAUGGGACUGAACAGGACAUAUCACGUUACAGUCUGAGAAUUUACUACAUCAAAUCCCUUUCCUUCACACUUGGGUUGACUUGUCAAAUAACAGUAGUUCUCUCUUGUUGAAGAAACAAUGAAGAACUCGAAUAGUGUGUAUAAGCCUGUCCUCUCAAAUCCAGUACUAACAUGUGGAAAGACCAGUUAUAUUGGUGAGCAGGGAAUUGUUGUAUGUGUUUGUGGAGGGCAGGGCAUUAUGGAGUACAGUGACUUGCAUUAAUCAUCAGAGGAUGAAAAAUGGACAGAUGCCAUUGCAGACAGGCUACUGGGUGAAGUGCUGAAGAGAAAUGGUGGUGGUUAUGGUAACUCAGUAAAUAGCAUUCCAAAGGCAGAGUCCUGUAGUGCACCUAAACAGAUACCCAGUAAAUUUUCAGGCUCCUGCAAUUUGCCUUUGUCCUUCCCUGAAAUCUUGCAGAAACUGUACCUUAUACGUACCUAGUUCUCCUUUGUUAAUCAACAAAGUCUGUGGUGAAUCUGCUGACCAGACUGGAAUGUUCUAAUUUCCUAUCCAGCUGCAAUAUUAAAAUGGGUUACAUAAAGCUAGUUGUUCUGUAGUCCUGGCAUCAGACUGGCUUUCAGAUAAGCAGUCAUAUGUAAAUUCUUUUAACUCUUUCCUGAAAUUUGAGCCUGACUUUAGGAGAGAUUGUUCCUGGUUACAUAUUCCCAUGCAUUUGUAAAAUACUUGUGAACCAUAGACUGCUGCUUUCUGCUACUUGUCAGGUUUAAAAGUAGUUUCAGAGGUGCUGAGCACUGAUACUAACCUCACUUUCUGGAUGGAGCUGAGGAUAUAUUUAAGCCUAGAGUGAGUCAAUGAAUGUUUGAAGAGAGAGAAGGAGCAUUAGCAAAGCAGCGUUUAAAAGGCUGAUGAUCUAAGCCUGCAGGAUCUUAUACUGAACUGGAUGGCAUUUCUGGCAUUGAAAAUAGGUAUUUAAAUACUGCAUCCGUUUAAUUCCCAAAUGCCAGGAAAUGCUGUAGGCAAUACUGAGAAACAGCUCUAAAAGUCAGAAGGAAAAAAUGCAGAGAAGAGAGAUAACACAAUCUCUGCUUUGGAAGAGGCAGCAAACCAAACUUCCAUCGUUGUCAGCAGACCUUGGGAAGAAUUGCCUCUGGAAGGCAGCAGCUGACGUGUUCCAAGCUUGUGUCACUCCUUCGUGCUGCAACGCACUGAAAACCAGAGAUGGGCAAAGUGUAGGACGGACAGUAGAGUGCAGAGAUGAGGGGAGGUGAAGCAGGGGGAAUGAAGUGCCCACAGUUACGGUUAAUGAGGACAAUUAAACCAAUGGUAAUGGGACCAGCACUGACAUUUCCAGGGCACGUGUAAAAUGCUUUACAGAGCAUAUUUGUGUUACCCCGAUAGGCUCUUAAAUCUAAACUAGUAAUUGCAGAGAUGUUAAAGAGAGUAGUUGGGGGCGGGGGGGGAUUAGAGGCUUAUGAAGGGUAUUCCAAAAGUCACCUCGAUCCAAACACUUGGAAUAAAACUUCUUCUUCCUUUGUAUUGUUUAGAUAUAUCUAUGUGCUAGCAUGUAAGUAGCUUUAUCUGCCAGUUGUAAGUUAACAUUUCUUACUCCCUUGUUAACAGCUAGCAAAAAAUGUUGCUUGAUAACCACAGAUAAACUUUAAAGUUUCCAAUUAAAGGAAGUGGAAUAUUUUCCAGUAAUAACAGGUAAUUAAAAAAAAUCACAGAUGAGAACAGUUUUCUUAAUUCUGAAUCAAAACUUCUGUUAAGAAUAAACAUUAAUACUAAAUCCAUGGAAAAGGGGUAGGAUGGAAGGAAUUCAUGAUAGAAGCAGUGACAGAAUGUUUGCUAGAGCAGUGCUGUACAUUACGGUGCUGUUCUGAACAAUGAAGGGAUUACUGAAGUCAGCAGCACGUGUUCGGGGCAGUAAGCACAUGCAGCACUGGUACUGUGACAAGCCUCAAUAAUCGACUAGUGUCAACAUUUCAUGAGCUCCUACCUUCUCACUUUGGAGUCCUGCCAGUACCUGUGAAUAGCUGUACAGCCACACAUAAUUCUAGGCAUAAGGUGACUCCAUGGGAAUUUCAGUCAGUAUGAAUUUGAUUUAAGCUUGGGAAAUGGUAAUUUUCACUGUGACUAGAAACAUUUUAAAAAAUUAAACCCUGCUGCACCAUGUAGUGUGAAAUGGAAGUAAAACUUUUAUUAGGAAUCUAAACUGUAAUUAGUGUUUCUUUGCUGGCUUACAAAAUUCAAAAUGAUACUCCUUCUCCAGCCCCGUGUUAUUUAAUGUUAAAGCACGAAUUCCUGUAGUGUGCAAUUAGAUGUUGUUUCUGCUGCUCACCGCCCUCAUCGUUCAGAGCCUCAGGUUUGCCUCGUUGCCUGCAAGCAGAAGUAGCUGUGUGACUAUGGUAAACCCGUUUGGAGGGAAGCUGAGACCCUCACAAAUAGCAGCUCUUUUUGGUUUUGUGGCAAAGCCUCUUUACAUUUGCUGUGCUGCGUACGUGCCUUGGCAAUAGUGCUCAUGAACUAGAGGAACUGGUCUUGAAUUAUUUAUCUUGCCUGCACCAUUUCUAAUUCUAGUUGUCUGCCUCAGUUAAGUAGAAUCAUAGAACGGUUUGGGUUGGAAGAGACCUUUUACAGUCAUCUAGUCUAACUGUCCUGCAGUGAACAGGGACUUCUUCAGCUACAUCAGGUUGCUCAAAGUCCCAUCCAGCCUGGCCUUGAAUGUUUACAGGGAUGGCACAUCUACAACCUCUCUGGAAAACCUCUCUGUGUUUCACCACUCACUGUAAAACAAACAAACAAAACCCCACAAACUUUUAUCUUGUGUAAAUCUACACUCAUUUCAGUUUAAAACCAUUAGAAAGUCUGUCCCCAUCUUUCUCAUAUGCCUCUCUUAAGUACUGAAAGGCUGCAAUAAGGUCUCCCUUCUCCAGCUCAUGUCCAGCUUUUCAUCCACCAGUGCCCCCAAGCCCUCCUCUGCAGGGCUGCUCUCAAACCAGGCUGUACUGAUACUGGGCUUGCCCCAGCCCAGCUGUAGGACCUUGCACUUGGCCUUGUUGAACCUCAUGAGGUUUGCAUGGGCCUGCUUCUCAAGCUUGUCUCAGUCCCUCAGGUGUGUCAGCUGCACCUCUCAGCUGUGUAGUUAAGCUGUUCUUCCACGUACUUGGUUCUGUAAUGUCCUUACAAUAUCUAUUACUUGGAAAAGACAUGCAUAUUCCAGAUGUCAUCUCCAAGCAUGUGCAGGAAAAGGUGGUUAUCAGGAGUAGUCGGCACGGAUUCCCAAGGGCAAAGCAUGCUUGACUGAUCUGAAAGCCACCUAUGGUGGCACAAGUGGCUGGGUAGAUGGAGAGCGAGCGGUGCAUACUGCCUGCCUUGACUUCGGCAAGGAUUUUGACGCUGUCUCCCCCAACAUCCUCCCAGGUAAGCUCAGGAAGCGUGAGUUAGAUGAGCGGACAGUGAGAUGGACUGGGAACUGGCUGAAGGGCAGUCAGAGGGUUGGGAUUAGCAGUGCAGUGUGGUUGGAGGCCUGCAGCGAGUGGUGUUCCCCAGGGGUCCAUACUGGGUCCAGUACUCUGACACUUUUGGUUUUGUAACCUACAGAGAGCUCGUUCCUUCCUUGUAUUGCCAUCCACAUACUAAAGGCUGAGCAGCUGUACAGUGUGUAGUAAAGAAUAUAAGCAGCUGUAUAGUGUCUAAUGUGUAAAUGUGACAUAUAACUUUCUGGUCAAAAUGAAGGUAAAGAAAUGACAGCACUGCCUGUUUGUGACAGCAGUUUUAUUGUACUUGUUUGUUAAUUGAGAAGGAGGAACAUAUUAGCUAAAUUCAACAUGAUCAGCAUCUUGCUUUUGCUUAGGAUAAGCUAGCAAAUCCAGUGUUCCAAAUACUAAUUGAAUUAUUUUAUUUUUCUUAUACACCUCAAAACAGAAUAAAUGUGUGUUCUUCUCUUCA